UCAACUGAGUAAUUAAGAACCAGACCUGAUGCCCAACCUCCUCCUGUAGGUUGAAACCCAGGCGGUGCCCAGAUGCCUGCUUACCACUCUUCUCUCGUGGACCCUGACACCAAACUCAUUGGAAACAUGGCACUGUUGCCUAUCAGAAGUCAGUUCAAAGGACCUGCCCCUGGAGAGACAAAAGAUACAGAUACUGUAGAUGAAACCAUUUAUUACUUCAAAGCCAAUGUCUUCUUCCAAAACUAUGAGAUUAAGAAUGAAGCUGAUAGAAUCUUGAUAUAUAUAACUGUCUGCAUUUCUGAGUGUCUAAAGAAACUCCAAAAGUGCAAUUCCAAAAUCCAAAGUGAGAAAGAAAUAUAUAUGCUGGGAUUCACUAAUUUUCCCACUCCUGGAGAGCCUGGUUUUCCACUUAAUGCAAUUUAUGCCAAACCUGCAAACAAACAGGAUGAUGAGAUGAUGAGGGCCUAUUGGCAGCUGAAACAAGAGACUUGACUGAGACUUUGUGAGAAAGUAUUGGACCCUCGGCACGUGGUGGAUUUGCUUGUGAAGAGACAGUUCAUGAACGAGAGUCUUUCAGGACCUGGACAACAAAAGGAGCCUGGGCAGACACUUUUCCACAGCCAUGGGCAGCAUUUUACAGCAAGAUGAACACAUUUCUUUGCCUUUA